CAGCUCACAGCCAGAAUGGUUAUCCUCAGCUGGAUUGCUUUGGGAUUUUAUCUUCAGCUCUUUUUCUGUUGGGCUUUGUCUCAAACCUCUUUUGUCGACAGUAUCUUCUCCAUUUCAGCAGCCCUGCCUUGCCUGGACCAGAAGAAGCGGAUCAAUACUAACCGAGGAUGCUCUUUUGUCGCUCUUGCACUUCUUCCUCCUCCUCCCCCUCCUCCUCCACCACCACCAUUAUUUCCUCCAUCACACUUCACACAUGGGUGGGAUUCUAUGUUGUUUUCUCUGGAUCUGAAAAACUUGUGUCAAGAGCUUCAGAUAACACAAUCUCCCUGUGCAGAAUCUGUAUGCCCCCCAGGAUCUCCUGGCCCCCAGGGCCCACAAGGUAUUCCUGGUGUGAAAGGACCAAAGGGAGUAAAAGGUGAGAUUGGAAGACCAGGAAGAAAGGGCAGCCGAGGUCCUCCAGGUGUCCCUGGAAUGCCAGGAUCUAUUGGAUGGCCUGGUCCAAUGGGACUAAAGGGUGAAAAGGGAGAUUUGGGUUUGAUGGGAUUGCCAGGCACAAGAGGACCAAUGGGCUUCAAGGGUAAUACAGGUGGUGUUGGAGAAAAGGGAGCUCAAGGACAGAAAGGAGUCAAAGGCAGUAAAGGUGAUAAGGGAUACAUGGGUUUCCCUGGAAUGUUGGGGCAAAAGGGAGAAAUGGGUCCAAAGGGGGAACCUGGUGCAUCAGGACACAGAGGACCAACUGGACGGCCAGGGAAACGAGGCAAACAAGGACAAAAAGGAGACAUAGGACCCCCUGGAAGUAUAGGCCCACCAGGUAGGCCUGGUCGUCCUGGAGUAUCAGGUCCACCAGGACAGUUAGUAGCAGGGCAACUAAUGGGGCCAAAAGGGGAAAAAGGACUUCCAGGACCUCCAGGAAAAUGUCUCUGCAACUCUCAGCCAAAUGUGAAUGGCCCACCAUAUGAGGAGCCACUGUUUGGAGAUGCCUAUUCCAAAGUACCUGCAAUUUUUGUAGUGAAUAAUCAGGAAGACCUGGAAAGAUUAAAUACAGAAUAUGCCCUAGCAUUUCGAAGAGAUCAGCGGUCUUUAUAUUUUAAAGAUACUUCUGGAUGGUUCCCAAUCCAGCUAAAAUCUUCCUAUCCACUGGAUCAUCUGAUAGGAGAUAGUAAUGUUUGUGGAGAUGGCAUCAUCCAAGAUGGAGAAGAAUGUGAUGAUGGCAAUACAAUAGUGACUGAUGAUUGUAUAAGAUGCCACCAUGCUUAUUGUGGGGAUGGCUAUCGGUAUGAAGGUGCAGAAGAAUGUGAUGGGAAUGACUUUGGAUACUUAACUUGCAAAACAUAUCUCCCUGGGUCUUAUGGAAAAUUACGCUGUACUUCUUAUUGUUAUAUUGACUCUACAGAUUGUCGCUAUUUUACAUGAAAAGGGAAUGGUGAGAGAGGAAUAUUCUAUAUAUGACAUGCAUGCAUCAGGUGCUACAUUAGUAUCAUCAAACCAAGACUGGACGAUAGAGAAACAAUCAAUGCUGAAACAACCAUUGUCAUGUUGCCAUGAU